CUCACCGCCCAAAUUUCGCAGAAAAGAAAAAGUUCGGCGAAGUGCAAAAAGCAGGCAACUGGCCUGACAGUGCUGAGAGGCAAUACAGCAAGCAAAAAAGACAGCACAGGUGGCAGGAGGAGACGAAGGGAGCUUCCUGCAUCACCUGCACCUUGGAAGCGCGGCAGCGAGGAAUUUGAGGGUGACUGUUGCAGUGCCAAUCGAUGACACCGCUUAUCGAGGGUGUGUGCAUUCCAGUGGUCACGCCAGUUUCGCGCUCACGCCCCGAGAAAGCGGUCAUUUGACCGCCCACAACCCCCCCCCCCGGCAAGUAACACCAACUUUGCCCAUCCCCAGCACCACAUCCAGCACCAUGUGCGCAAACAGCACUGACAUCACGGCGCCUUCUGCUGCGUGGCAGUGCAAGCCCGCAACAAAGGUGGCCUCCAAGAUCGUGGGCAAGGCCAUGCAAGCGGCAUUGGACAGCCUGCUUCCCAGAACAGCGGUGAUUCCCAGGUGCAAGCGCACGGCGUUUGGGUUCACCAUCCUCAUCGUUGACGACCACGCUCGCACAAGCCACAACGCCAGUGCCGUGUCAACGGCCAGCUUGCUGGCAACCGACCACCCAGACAUGAACGCGUCCGGGCUCGCAGAGAUCAGCUUCAGCUCCUCAAACACCAGCGAUUCAGGCCACGGCGGCGGCCACACCAGCGCCAGCAACGCUCUGGCCACCAGCCAGCUCAAUGACAGCAUUGCACGGCAGCGAGCGCUGCUCCCUGCAGACUUUGAUCUGCCUUGCAUCAUUGAUGUUGUACCCAACGGCCCGGCCAGUGAACACCUCGCCCUGGGCGAUGUCGUCCUCUCCUUCAACGGCAUUACAGAUCUCACGCAGGAGAACCUGCUGCGCCUGGGCACAUCUCACGCCCGCGCCGCCGAAAUUGUGUUCACGUCCAUCGAUAACCCAUACCUGGAGCGCCUCCUGCGCGCACACCGGCCCCCGCGCGUGCUCACGCGCGCCGUGCGAACAUCACGACGGUCCCGCAUCCCGUCGCUGCGCCGCAACCGCAGCAGCGCAAGGGAUCGUGACCGCCAAGCCUCGACGCAAACAGCCUCGCACCAACAGCGCCCUGAACACAGCACGCCCAUGCCUGCAUCCAGCACUCCACUGCCACGCACGCACGAGCCGGGCUCGCGGGCUGCUCUGCUGAUGCGAAGUGCGUCGCACCGUUGCCACCGGCGCCGCAGCCUCAUCCCGCACGCGGAGUGGAACACAAGUGCGCUCUCAUCCAUCCGCAGCCACCACAACGCGCAGCAGCCGUCCACAUCGACGCCCGUAACAGGCGCGCUCCGACACCGUGAUGGCGUCAGACACCAGCACAUCAAGCACACGCCUCCACGAAGAAUUACUCGCCAGCAGCCGCAGCGACAACAACAACAACAACAACAACAACAACAACAACAACAACAACAACAACAACAACAACAACAACAACAACAACAACAACAACAACAACAACAACAACGCGAGCGGCGGCAGCAGUCCGUAGCACAUCCCGGCCAAUCAGCUACAGCAACAGAUACAGCGACACAACCGAAGCAGCAGGCGCAAGCAAGUGGUGCUGGCGAUGUGGAGCUCUUGGUGGUGAAUGCGCGUGGGGAGACGCGGCACUACGGUGGCAUCCGGCCAUCGGUUUUCACAUUUGACGACAUUGAAGAGGCCGAACACCAGCAGACGAGAGAGCAUCCCAGCGAGAGCCAACGCUACCCCGCUGCCACUGCAACUGCUGAACAACAACAACAACAACAACAACAACAACAACAACAACAACAACAACAACAACAACAACAACAACAACAACAACAACAACAACAACAACAACAACAACAACAACAACAACCCUGUGCCGAUACUGAGGUGCCAGCAGCAUAUUCACACUGUCAGCAGCAGAAACAGCAGCACGAGCAGAAACCUGUGGCAGGCCACAGCAAGGACAACAGUCUCGAGUACAUGUACACGGGAGGGCCGCGCACACGCGCGCUGCGGCAUCUGCACGCACGGCAGCGGCUGCAGAAGGAGAGAGAGGCCACUCGACGACGCACGCAGCUGAGGAAGGGCGGCUCACUGCCCACGCUCGCAACAGCACUGGCGUCGCUGGCAGAGGAAAGAAGACAGAAGCAGCAGGAGCAGUAUGACAGCAGAAACAGGUUCGCAGCCUAUGACAUGCACACGCAUCCACUGAUGACAGGCGCUAUCCAACAUGCAACGAGCCCCAGCAACACCAAGCACCACCACGACCACAACAACGACUACGACACGACAACCGCCACCACCCCUUCUUCGAACUCCUCCCGUGCUGGCGACGAUGACAACGGCAGCAACGCGUGCGAGGAAGAAGCAACUGCACUCGUGUCGGGCGACCAAUACCGCCGCCAAUACGACCUCUUGCAGUCUCUUCAACACCAGCACAGCCACCAGCGUCCAGCAGAGAGGAAAGGUCUCUCGUCAAAGCCACUGCAGAUUCGAGCAGCAGCGGAGAUCAAGGCAGACACGCAUGCAGUGGCAGCGGCAGCAGCAGGGGCACAGAAGAAGCAAAAACAGAGUGAGGGCGACAGGAAACGGGACGUCGUGCUGUCGCAGCAGAGCAAGAGGAAGCACAGGAAGGCAAUGGCCCGACGCAACCGCAAGCACAGCCGGUUUGGUGUUCUUGGGCGCCUGUGGGUCACGCCCCAUCCCGUGAACCACGACGACGAAGGGUCACAGCUUGGGUCUGACUCUGCAGACACAAGUAACGUUGCCACACGCGACACGCCCGUUGUGCUCACCAGCUUUCGCUCGACCCGCACAGACCACAACGACAGCAGCGGGCUGCUGGGGAUGGUGGGCGCUGCUGCUUCUACACCACUGCGAUCGGCCCUGCCACCAACAUCGCCCCUCCGCCCACCACCGUACCCCGAGCAAGGCAAUUUGCUGCGGCCACAGUCGGCACCCGCAUCCGCAACGUUUGCUUCCCUCGAUCUGGGCAGCGCCAACACAACAGCCACAAGCGCAGCCACAGACGCCUUCCCAUUCCCCACUGCCACAUCCACCGCUGCUGGUGCCACUGCUGGUACCACCGCCACAACCACUGCUGCUACAGCGACUGGCGACAACGGUGCUGGUGACGGUGCGCACGACACGGCGGUCAAAGGCGGCGGUGGCAUCACGCGUGGCCAUCGCCGCAUGUCCCUGCGCGACCGCCUGCGUGAUGUGCAGCAGCAGCAGCGGCAGCAGCAGGCGGGGGACAACCCGGACUACGAGACGCUCUAUCGGGACACGUCGCGGCUGCUGGAGGAAGCUGUGGAGACGCUUGCGCUGUGGGAGGCGCUGGUGAUGCAGCGAUCGGCGGGCUCGCUCGUGUCUGCAACAGCAAUGCAGAUGAUGAACCUCUCUGCUCGCAGCACCGUCACCCCGCACAGCACGCUCCCGUCGCCCCAGGUGUCGACAGGGGCAGGCACGACAGGCCAACCCGCAGGCACAAAGGGUGCAGCAGCAGCAGCAGCAGCAACAACAGCAGCAACUGCAUCAACGAACCCCACGGCCACCGCAACUGCACACCUGGCUGUGCCAAUCGGGGUAAAGGCAACAGCGUAUGCGUCGGGCAGUCGGUCUCAGCCGCUGAGCGCACGCUCAUCCACACACAUCACAGACAGCAAGCACGACAGCAGCACCAGCACCACCGCCACCAAUACCAGCACUGCCAGCAGCACGGCACUGCACAUGCUGCGUGGCGGUCAGCAGCAGCAGCAGCAGCAGAAGUCGUACAAGGACGUACUCGAUCGUGCGCUCGCAAGUAACACGCUCAAGACCGAGCUGACGCGCCUUCGCGUGCAGUUGGCCGAUGCGGAGAUGAGCAAAGCGCAGGAGACGCUGAAGCGGCGGGUGAUGGAGCGAAAGCUGCGGCAGGCACUGGAGGAGGUGGAGCGACUGCAGGAGCAAGUCGCCCUGCCAACACCGGGACUGGUGCUGGAGGCAACCCCGGACACAGACGCGCGGCGCAGCUUGGCAUUUGACGCAGACGGUGAGCAGACGAUCAAGGCAGCAGGGGCGAAGAUGGAAGGGGGGAUGAAGGAGGGGGUUAACAAGAGCAGAAAGGCUUCGCGGACGUCGGGUGGUGCGGCAGAUGAACAGGGAAAGGCACACAAGCGUGAGAAACCAGCGAGCGUGAAGAACACACAGCGACAGCAGCAGCCACAGCAACAGCAACAGCAACAGCAGCAGCAGCAGCAGCAGCAGCAGCAGGCCAUGAAGAAGAACAAGGGACGAAAGAAGAGCCGGUCGCGAAGUGUGACUGGCUCAGUUGACCCGCGCCUGAGCAUCAAAGUGUUGUCAUCAUCGCCAUCGUUCAUCCCAAUGCCCCGCCGUUCAUUCAACACAUCCACGCCGCGGCCGCGUCACGCAGCCAUCGCCCGCAGCGCAAGCGAGGGGCUAAGAUGCGCACGCACGACACAGCAGCAGCAGCAGCAGCAGCAGCACACCGCUGGCCACAGUGCUCGUCGUGUUGGUGGUGGUGCUGGUGGUGGCAGUCGUGUUCGGCUUGGGCGUGGUGGGCGCCCGCACAGCGUGACCGGCUGUGUGACGACCAAUGCCGCCACGAGGACCACGGCUGACGUUAGCGAUGCUGGCAACGGCGCCCUGCAGGGCGAGAUGAAGAUGGAGAAGCAACGGCCCUCAACUAUCAACACAAACUCAAGCGCAGGGCAUGACAACGGUGUGCACGCGAGCGAUGCGAGCGUGACUGGUGCCAGUGGUGUGGGUGGUGCGUUGCCUCGGCAAUCAAUAACGCCUGUCGAGGCUUCUGAUGCCGAAACGAAGAAGAUGAUGGCCCAUCGCAGUGCCCUCGCCACAGUCAAUGAGCACCGCCGCCCACGCAAGCGCUCAAGCGUCAUUUAACC